AUGACAGAUAUUGAGGAGUUUGAUGAUUUAGAUGAUGAUGACUUGAAUAAUUGCUCGGUUGAUGAGAGAUAUGAGUUGCCUCAGCACACUGAUCAGCAGAUUGAGCAAAAUGAGCCUAAAAUUGGGAUGAAAUUUAACGAUCCAGAUGAACUGUUUGAGUUCUACAAAGACUAUGCAAAGAGCAGUGGAUUUCCAAUUAAGAAACAUACAAGAAGGAAGAAUGAAAUGGGCAUUGUUAGAAGUAUAACUUUAGUAUGUGGUCGAGCUGGCAAACAUAAUAGUAUUUGUCAAAAUCCCUUAAAAUCACAAGCAAGCUACAGAGUUGGGUGUAAUGCAAAGAUAACGGGUAGGUUAAAUCUGGACAGAAGAUGGGAAAUAUCUGUGGUUGUUCUGGAGCAUAAUCAUGGCCUUAGCCCUAGUAAAAGUCGUUUCUUUCGAUGCAACCGAAGAAUUAGUGCACAUGUUAGACAUCAAAUUAAUCUGAAUGAUCAAGGCAACCGAAGAAUUAGUGCACAUGUUAGACAUCAAAUUAAUCUGAAUGAUCAAGCCGGAAUCAAAAUCAACAAAAAAUUUAGCUCACUGGUACAUGAUGCUGGUGGAUAUGAGAAUCUGUUGCGUGAUGAAAAGGCUUGCAGGAACUUGGUUGAUGAAUCGAGGCGUUUACAUCUCAGCGAAGAUCAUUUGAAAAAUGUAUUUUGGGCCGAUUGUAGGAGCAGAGAAGAUUACAAAGAGUUUGGUGAGGUCAUCACUUUUGAUACCACAUACUUAACAAAUAAGUAUGAUAUGCCAUUUGCACCAUUUGUUGCCGUUAACCAUCAUGGACAAUUAAUUUUACUUGGAUGUGGGUUGAUUUCAAAAGAAGACACAAAGACUUUCAUAUGGCUAUUUACGAAGUGGGUUGAAUGCAUGGAUGGAUGUGUUCGGCAAGGGAUAAUAACUAACCAAGCAAGAGCCAUGAAAAAUGCAAUUGAGAUUGUUUUUCCAAACACUAGACACAGAUGGUGUUUAUGGCAUAUAAUGAAGAAGUUGUCAGAAAAGUUAGAAAGGUACACUUAA